AUGGCUAUUAUCAUAAUGACUACUUCUAUUCUAUCAUUACUGAGUAAUAUUAUUGCACCAACACUGAUCAUUUUAAGUAUUAUACAAUGUAAUGCUAAAAAAAAUGAUAAGCCACCGACACCAGUAGGAGAUGUAGCCACUCCGAUAGCUGCUGCUCCGGCAGCAGCUGCACAACCUACCGUGGAAAAUAAAGGAGAAGAGAAGAAAGAUGAGAAGAAGGAAGGGGAAGGUGAGAAGAAAAGCAAGAAAUCAGAACAAGAAAAGAAAGACGGUGGAGAUGGUGAGGGGGAGAAAAAGGGUAAUGAAAAAAAGGAAAGUGAGGGUGAGAGGAAGGAAGAGGACAAAAAACAGGGCGAGGGUGAUAAGAAAGAGGAAGGUAAAAAGAGUGAAGAGAAAAAGGAAGAAAAGAAAGAGGGAGAGGAAGAAAAAGGUGAAAAAAAGAAUGGUUCCAAGAAAGAAAAUUUUAAAAAGGAGGGAUCAAAGAAAGAGAAAGAGAAAAAGGGUUCGAAGAAGGAAAGUUCUAAAAAAGAAGGGUCAAAGAAGGAAGGAUCCAAGAAAGAAGAAGGUGAAGGCGAAAAAAAGGAAGGGGAAAAGAAAGAUGAAGAAAAGAAGGAUGAGAAGAAAGAUGAAGAGGAAAAGAAGGAUGAAUAA